AUGGCACUCGCCUCCGAGAUCCUCACAGUCCUCGACAGGAAUACCGAGACGCUAAAUCGCCUCAUCUCCUCGGGCCAGAACGUGCACUGCCCGACGGCACAGCGACAGUUCGUCGCGACAGCCGAAGCCGCUUCGCGGCUCGCAGAGACGGAGCGGCUCAAGGCGGAGGCGAUGAUGGUGCGGAUGCAGAAGAUGAAGAUCGAUGCUGAGACGGAGAGGCUUAAGGCAGAGACGGAGCGGAUGAAUGCGGAGAACAAAAGGUUGCAAGUGGAGGCGGAGGCGGAUGCGGAGAGGUUCAAGGCAGAAACAGAGCGGAUAAAGGUGGGGACUGAUGCGGGGGAGGAGAGGUUCAAGGCAGAAACAGAGCGGAUGAAGGUGGAGGCGGAGGCGGAGGCGGAGAAGGUGCGGACAGAGGCUGAGCGGGCUGUGGCGGAGACGGAGAGGUUGAAGGCGGAGGCGAUGGUGAUGAAGAGUGAGAGGAUGAGGAUUCGCGCGGAGAUGGAGAGGCGGGAGGCAGAAGCGGAGCGGAUGAGAGCGGAGGAGAGGAGGUUGAUUGAGGAGGAGAAGGCCCAGAAUGUACUGAAAGAGGCUGGGAGGGUGGAGAACAAGCAAGUGAAGGUGGAGGAGGAGAGGGUGGGGCAGAAAGAUCUUUCCGGGUCAGCGCGGGAGACCCAGACAAUAUUCUUCUGGGACAGGCUGAAGGCAGACCCGGAGGCGGAGCGGAUGAGGUUUGAGAAAGAGAGGCUUAGGUCCGUGACACAGCGGCAGAAGGCGGAGGCGGAGACGGGGCAGGAGAGGGUUGAGGCCGAGACGGUGGGUGGAAAGGAUCUGUCCAGGUCUACGCGGGGAGCGGGGCCGUUGUUCUUUUGGGGCGGGCUGGAGGCGGAGCGCGUUCAGAUGGAGGGGGGAAAGGUUGGCAAGGUGGUUCAGAAGGAGGUGCCACUAGACGGGGGGGACGAACGGAGAGAGAGGAUCGUGAGACAGGGUAGAGACCGGGGGGGAAAGGGUGAGCCGAAGCUAAGGGCGGAGACAGCGAGGCAGAAGGUGGAGGCAGAGAAAGUUGGCCAGGAGAGGCGGGGGCUUGGGGACCGUCCACCCGAGAUUGACCUAGUUGACCGCCAGCAUUGGGUAGCGUGA